AUGAGCGACCCUAGGAGGGCGAAUGAAAAAGCACUCGAAGCGAUCAAAGUUGAACUCGACAAGCUGCAUCUUCCAGCAUGGCAAAGAAAUCUCCUCAAGGAUCUAAUUGGAAAAAUACCCAACAACAAAAACCUUUACGACCUUCAAAAUCAGAGAUGGGGCCCUGUUGUCCAGGUGGUAACCACCGUCUCGUUUGACGCUCGACCCACACGAAACGAAGUUGAGGUUAAGCUUGAUGUUGACAUUCCGCCGCCUAAUUCAACACAAAAACCACAUAUCGGAUUCGAAGUGAAGUUGAAUGGGAAGCUAUGGGGGAAUGGGCAUAUUUGGGUUGAUGAAAAUGUCCUGCAUGCGGGACGUCCUAAGUUAAAAAGCCCGGUGCAGUUGCAAGAGUAUGGCUGUAUGACCGACGAAAUCAUCAAUCUCGAGCAGAAUCUUCCAUCGGGUGUUCAACUUGAUGUUAAAUUCUAUAGAUUUAGGGGGGCUUAG